AUGGCAAAAGCAUACACACAAGCUGAAUUUGACAGUCUGAUGGAGAAGGUGGAGAAGGUAGAUAUUAGGGUGAAAGAAUACUUGGAGUUAGCUGGAUACGAAAAGUGGGCUAGGUUGUAUGCACCUGUUAACAGGGGAUGGACCAUGACGUCAAAUAUUGUUGAGUCAAUCAAUGCCGCACUAGUGUCAGCAAGGGAAUUGCCAAUAUACGACUUCCUCGAAGAAGUUAGGAAGAUGUUUGGACGUUGGAAUUGUAGUAACCGCAAAGAAGCUACACAGACAUACACAACGCUUGGAAAAAAAUACCAGGAGAUGCUGACUUUGAAUGAGGCAAUGUCUACACGCAUGACCGUGGUACCAUCAACUGAAUACUUACAUACGGUUAAGGAUGGAGGGAGGCAUUACACCGUCUGCCUGUUUGAGAGAAAAUGCAUUUGUGGGAGGUUCCAAGUUGAUGAAUUACCAUGCCCGCAUGCUUGGGCUGUAUUGAAGAGCAAGUUUCUAAUGCCAGAAGAAUAUUGCUCUAACUAUUACAAACCAAAUUCUGUUUGCCAUUACGAUGUGCCUGUGUAUCCGCUAUCGGACAGAAAUGAGUGGAAUAUACCAGCACAUGUUGCAGAGGAGGUUGUAUCACCACCUAAAUGGAAAAGACCUCCUGGAAGGCCAAAGAAGAAGCGCGAUAAACCUUUAAGUGAAUUACUGUAG